AUGGAGAUAAGGGUAAUAGUUGGAGGGAGCACUCUGAAUGUCAUUAGCGCUUACGCGCCACAAACAGGCUUGGACGAGGAGGUUAAAAGGCGCUUCUGGGAGGCGCUGGAUGAGGUGGUACGGGGUAUUCCGCCUAUGGAGAAGCUAUUCAUAGGAGGAGAUUUAAAUGGUCAUUUUGGGUCGUCUGCUGGUGGCUAUGGUGAGGUACACGGUGGCUUCGGCUUUGGUGAUAGGAACGGGGGCGGUACCUCAUUGUUGGAUUUCACUAGAGCUUUUGAGUUGGUGAUCGUGAACUCUAGUUUUCUGAAGAUGGAGGAACACUUGGUUACUUUCCGGAGUAUGGUGGCUAAGACUCAAAUUGACUAUCUCCUCCUCGGGAGGUGUGAUAGGGGGGUUGUGCGAGGAUUGCAAGUUGAUGAAGAGGAAGAAGAGGUUUGUACGGGGCCAGUCGAGGAUCGGGUGGGGAGCUUUGUCUAA